AUGUCAGGAAACAAUCACCAUGAUCAUGGCCAUGGUGGUCAUUGCCAUGGUGAACACGACCAUUCCAACGACAUCACUCCGGCUGUUCAGUCCCUUCUCUACACCCAGAUUCAGUUCGAUUCCAUCAACACAUUGAAUGAGGAUAGACCAAGAUCCGGAGCCGCGAUUGUCCAGAAGUCAUGGGCGGAGAGAUUGGACGACCAGCCCGAGCUUGAGAGUGACGCGGAUGAGCAACUGCUCAUGCAUAUCCCAUUCACUGGCCAGGUCAAAGUUCACUCGCUUCUGAUUUACACUGCACCGACUCCGUCUGCCCCUAAGACCUUGAAGUUGUUCAAGAAUCGCGAGGACCUCGACUUUUCAACCGCCUCAGAACUCAAACCAACCCAGAUCCUGGAGAUUCCGCAGCCAGUCCCUGGUGCUGACGUUUUUGAGAUGCCCUUGAACCGUGCUCACUGGAACACAACUACCUCGAUCACCCUUUUUUUUGAAGAUAACUGGAGUGAUGGAGAGGAGGAUGUGACCAAAGUCGGGUACAUUGGUUUCAAGGGUCAGUUCAUGGCGUUGAAUCGUGAACCUAUCAACUUUAUCUACGAAGCGGCAGCGAAUCCUGGGGACCAUGUCUCGAUCACAGGGACCAAUGAGAUGGGAGGACGAAUCAUGCCCGGACAGUGA